AUGGGCCGCAUCCUGUUCGUGUUCACGUCUGCCAACAAGACGCUUACCGGCGCACAGACGGGCUGGUACCUCCCCGAGGCCGCCCACCCGUACUAUGGUGAAUCGCAUCGGCCAGAUUCACUUCCUCCUAUCGAACUGAAAUACGUGCUCGCAGUGCUCGCCCCGCACCACACCAUCGACUUCGCCUCUCCGAAAGGGCCCAACCCGCCCGUGGACGAAGACAGCGUGCGGAUGUUCAAGGACGACGAGAGCGUCCGCUUCCUGCAGGACGAGACCGUAAAGAAGCAGCUCGCGAGCGCAAAGAAGCUCUCCGAAGUAAACUCCGCCGAAUAUGACGCGGUCUUCUAUGUCGGCGGGCACGGGCCCGUGCUCGACCUCGCGACGGACCCCGUGAACAUCAAGCUCGCCUCGGAGUUCUGGCGCGCCGGCAAGGUCACGUCUGCCGUCUGCCACGGACCCGCAGCGCUCGUCGGCGUGACGGACAGACAAGGCGCGCCGAUCUUCAGCGGACGGAAGGCGACAUGCUUCUCGGACACCGAAGAGGUACAGGUUAACAAAGUAAAGGACAUUCCCUUCCUUGUGGAAGACAGGAUCAAGCAGCUCGGUGGCGCCUAUGAGAAGGCCGCGGAACCAUGGGGGGUGCACGUCGUGGUUGAUGGGAAACUGAUCACCGGCCAAAACCCUGCGUCUGCGAAGGGUGUUGGUGAGGCCAUCCAAAAGGCUCUGACAGCUUGA